GGAUUCACCAGAAUUUCAAACAAUGAUUCGACCAAAUGGAACUAUUAUCGAACUUGGGUAUGCGAUUAAGAAAAAAUUUGCAGACGAAGAACAAGUUACACAUUUAAAAGAAAUUUAUGGAAUGUUACGUGUAAAUGUUCGAUGGCCAAAUAUUAUUCGCCAUUACGACGGAUAUCAAAGAUUUAUUUUAAUUGACUUUGACUAUGCUGGCUUUUCCCCUUCUGAUGGACCUUUAGAAGAAUUUUCUAAAAGUGAUCAUGCUCCUGAAAUGCUAAUUAAAAAGCAUGAUUUUAAGGUUGAUAUAUGGGGCGUUGGAAAUUUAGUUAAUUUGUGUAAUGUCACAGGCAUUCCUCAUGAACUUUUAAACUUCAGCAUAGAUUUGUGUAAUAGUGCCCCUAUUGCUAAGUUAGAUGAUGAUACUGCAUCUUACAAAACGAACUCUGAUGAUACCCCCGAACAGAUAAAAAAUAUAUCUAACAAUAUUUCUAAUUCUGAUAUAUUCCGUGAGUCGAAUAUUCAAUAUUCUGAACCACUUAUUCAUACAGAGUCUGAAUCUUCUGAAAAUAAAGAGAUCAAAUUUCUCAAUCGAGUACAUAGAGAAACUGUUAGCAAUGAAAUAAAAGAGAGAAAUCGGGAAAAGAAGCUUCAAGCCCAAAACUCUUUAUCAUAUAAUAAAGAUAAUUCAUCAUGUGAUAUAAAAACCGUUUCCCAGGGAAACGAUCGUAAUAAUAUUGAAAGUAGUGUAGAUAUUGCUUCCCAAAUAAGCAAUCAGCAAAAAACUAUUCCGAAUACUCCUUUACCGGCGGAAGAUCUUGAUAAUUCUGAUGAAAUUGAGCUUACUAAAAAUCAAAAUAUAGAACUAGAUUUAAUCCAAGAUUUACGGAAUUGUAUGCUUAUUGUUUCACCUGAUCCUAUAGAAAUACCUUUCGAAGACAUCGCGGAUAGUGAAAAGCCAUCCUCUAAAAUUACAACACAAAGCUUAAUCCAUUUAUUUAAGAAAGCAAUAAGAUCUGGGCAUCAAGAAAUUUUAUCCUGGAUUUGCUAUUCAGAUAAUUUUGAAAAUAAAGUUAUUGAAAUUCGACAUAAGGCAGGAGUUAACGAUAAAACUGCAAGAACCCAAAUAUAUAAAGAAAUGUUAGAACAUUUACCAGGCGUUACAUCGGUUGCCUUGCGAAUUAAAACUCUUAGGGCCAGAAAAAUUCGUAAGCUAUUUGGAGAAAAUGGAGUUGGAAUUGAUAAGGUUAAGUAUGUCACCUGCAGUGCAAAUGAUAUUUCAAAAUUAACCAAUGCACAAAUUCAAAACAUUAUAAAUCAAGUAACCUCAAAAACCGUUUCCUUGGGAAACGAUCAAAAUCAUGUGACUGAAACAGAGGCAAGUAUUACAAACAUACCCUCUAUCUUGUUGUCUCAUACCUCUAAUUCGGAAUAUAUGAUAAGUAAGGAUAAGAAAUCUUUACUAGAGACUAAAGUAAGUGUAUCAUCCAAUCCAGCUCAUAGCCAUGCUUAUUUCCGUAAUAAAACAUUGGAUCAGUAUCCUAAUUUAUAUCGAGAAGGUAGUGAUGGAAACGACGAUUAUUAUGGAAUUACUGAUGAAUCUUUAUGCCCGCUAUGCAAGUUAGAUCAUGAUGAUGAUAAUGGUAUAGGAGGCAGAUAUGAAGUUGGGGAAUCAGAGAAUCGAUGCUCUGCAUCAUCCUACUAUAUUAAAUGUGAACAGCGUGGAAUUGAAAUUGAGGCAAAAGCUAAUAAAACAUUGACUCCUGAAUAUUUGGAAUGGGAAGCUAAAUUAACAGAAUUGCCAGGUAUUUUGACAGAUAAAAUUCGUUCUAG